ACUUCCUUCCUUUCUGCCAUCCCAGGGCACAGCUGUGCCAACUGGCUGCUGUGGGCACCCUCUGCCCUUGGGAGCAGCAGACCUGGCAUCAAAUGAAGGAUUCGAUGAGAGAGAAAACUAGAAGGUCAGGGGUCAGGAACUGAGGCCCCAGCACACCCACAGGUGGAGAUGGGGUAUUUCUGGGAGGUUUGCAGAGGAGAUGAGAGAGAGAGAGAGAGACCAUGGAGGGGACCAGGGCACGAGAGAAGAGGAGAAAGAGUGAGAAGAAGCUGGAGAAGCCUGAGGCAGGUAGGGGAUGAGCAGAAAAGGAAGUUCCAGAUCUGUGAGGAAAUGGAGCAAGUGCUGGGAUGGGGCCUUCUUGCUCUGAUUCAAUUCUCAGGGUCUGGGGUAGAUGGCAAGUCAACCAAGUCAGAGGUCCUUCGAUCAUCCCACCGCACACACAGCCACACCCACAUGAGGACAGGCCAUCAAUGUGGCGAGGGUCCUCCCUCCCAGUAACAUAGGAAGGCUCACCUGCGGACCAGAACCCCCAGUGAACAGGGCAGGUACUGCAGGGCUUCACCUAGGUCUGUGGCAACACCCCUACGCGCACUGGUCCACGUGCACCUGUUACACGCUCACUGUGUGCCCUCACCGGUAGUGUGGCUGCAGACACCUGGGGAAGAUGGGGAGGGGACUUGUGGUUGGCACGCCUGGGCUCCUGGCCCUCCCCAGGGGGCUGGUUGGUUUGUAGGAAGGGAAGGAUGGUGUCACAGCCUUCCGGGCCAUUGCGCCACAGGCCCCUUCCGACCACGUGGUUGCCGGUGCCUGUGAGGGUGGGGGCUGGCGAGCUGGAACUUUGCUAUGCUAGUCUGCCCUCACCCCCCACAACCUUCUCAUGGGCUCCCAGUAUCCCUCCCUGGUGUGUGUGUGUGUGUGUGUGUGUGUGUGUGUGUGUGUGUGUAUUGGGGGUUUGUGUGUUGGAAGCAGGGAAGUCAUGGCAAGUGCUGGGCAUGUGUGUCCUGGGCAGGAUUUUUUCUUGCACCUAGCUUGCCUUUCAGUAGAAUGGGUGUCAGCACUAGCUUGCCCUGUGAGUGGAGAGGUGCCUUUUCUGGCUCAAGGAACACAGCUCAGGUUUGGCCCUUGCGCUCCUGUUCCUGAGCAUGUCAUGGGCCAAGCGUGGCUGCUCCAGCUCUUCCCCGAAGCUCCUCAGCCAGUUGAAGAGUCAGGCGAACAUCACGGGGAACACGGCAUCGCUCUUGGAGCCCUAUAUCCUCCACCAAAACCUGAACACGCUCACCCUGAGAGCUGCCUGCACAGAGCACCCUGUGGCCUUCCCCAGUGAGGACAUGCUCCGGCAGCUGAGUAAGCCUGACUUCCUGAGCACUGUGCACGCCACGCUGGGCAGAGUCUGGCACCAACUGGGUGCUUUCAGACAGCAAUUUCCCAAGAUUCAGGAUUUUCCAGAGCUGGAGAGGGCCAGGCAGAACAUCCAAGGGAUCAGGAACAAUGUUUACUGCAUGGCUCGGCUGCUCCACCCACCCCUGGAGAUCCCUGAGCCCACACAGGCAGACUCUGGGACCUCACGACCCACUACCACAGCACCAGGCAUCUUUCAGAUCAAGAUAGACAGCUGCCGCUUCCUCUGGGGCUACCAUCGCUUCAUGGGUUCAGUGGGGAGAGUCUUCGAGGAGUGGGGGGAUGGCUCCAGGCGCAGCCGGAGACACAGCCCACUCUGGGCCUGGCUCAAGGGAGACCACAGAAUCAGACCCUCCCGGAGCAGCCAGAGCGCCAUGCUCAGGUCCCUGGUGCCCCGGUAACCUAAAGACACACUGACAGACAGCGUAGUCUGUUGAGACGGGAUGCCGCCUCGUAGAGGCCUUCAAAGCUACUCCUGUGAUCAGGGCCACGCAGAAGAGCACUUUAAGGGGUGACGUUGAGUGCUCCCUACUACCACUCUGGACCACAAGGAUAGUCAGGUCGUGGUGAUCCCACUCCAAGCCUCCAGUCCCAGUGGGGUGGCUGGGUCAGGCCACGUGUGACCAGAGGCUUUCCAUCGAUUCAGGGGUCUGAUGACACAAGCUGAUUCACCACCGGGCUGAACCCCUCAGGAUGUUUGGUCCUUUCCUCUUAUGACUUGAAGCCGUUGCCUCCAGACUUCCUCCUUUCCCUGUGGCUGGGUUCCAAAGAGAGGUCUGGUCUGGUGCUCUCUCUCUUAUGCCUCCGUCCCACUCACGCCAGAUACCUGGACAUCUGGGUGACCUCACUGGUGGCAGUUGCAGUGGGGGCAGGGUGUCCUAGAAGGAGCACUGAUCUGGAAGUUUAAAGGAAGAGAGCUCAGAGCCUAGUUUGUUCCCUAGUAUGAAUGUCAGCAGUGUUGUGUGUGUGGGUCCUUAUGUAAUGCCCCCCUUCCUCCUGUCAGCUGGUCUCUGACAGAGGGUGGACAUCAAAGUCUGUAAAUGGGAACCUAUGGUGCAAAUGGUAGUGGGGUGGGCUUAUGGGAGAUCUCCCAGCGCCUGGUAGCCCCAUCUUGAGUCCUUGCUGCUUGGUGCUCCCUCUGGUGGUGUGUUGUGGAAUUUUUCACAGGCUGAACCAGUCCUCUUGAAGACUCUGGUGAGCAACUACUUGGAAGGACAUGACUAAUUUAUUGUUUUAUUUUUUUUAUCAUUUUUAAUCUGUUUUAUAUUUAUAAGGUCUAUUUAUAAUGUAUAUUUAAUGUUAAUAUUUUGCUAACAUAUUUAAAAUUUGCCUUGUUUCUAAAGCUGGUGUCAGUCUUUUGUUUAUGGGAGAGGGUUUUGCGGCCUUUCUGGUCUCAAGGUGGCCAGGGCAAAGAUGUCAGUUCUGUAAGCUGGGCUAGGGGUUUGAGCAUCAUUGAGGAAAAGCAGUCACGUGACACACGGGGUAUCUCCUUUUUCUUAGCUGUGUGCGUGUGUGUGUGUGUGUGUGUGUAUGUAUGUGUGUGUGUGUGUGUGUGGUGAUAGGCUUUUCCUGGUGAGAAGCAACACAA